AUGGCAUUUAAUAAGAAAUAUGCCGGUCUUCCUGACUUGGAUCCCGCCCCCGAUAUCUACGAGACCCCGGAUCUGACCGACGAAGCAUCAACUGUGCCGACAGCGACAGUCCGCACUGCCUCCGACGGGGAUGAAGACGACGGCUCCAACUCCGACAUUGACCGACAAGGUGUGAACGCAGAUGAGGCCCGCGCCCACUUUAUCGGAGCAACAGUGGAUGCGCAUGAUGUCAAUUUCUCUGAUAGCAUUGAUAUAAAGCGAAAAGCCUACCGAAGCAAGAGUCGUCGACGCCGGAGACGUGAUGACGGCCUGGAGGUGGGAGACCUCAGCGAUAGUGAGGACGAGAGCUUGGAGAGGAAGCUUGCCCGUCUCCGGAGGGAGGUAGAGGAGUUGAAAGAUGAGCUGGCUACGCGGCAAGCUGGCCCAGAGGAGUUCAACGAAGCUCCCACGGAAGAUAAACAGGCACUUGGUGAUGGCGUGACGGAACUGAGUCGGGCGUUGGAUAACCUCCAUGCCUCGUCUCGAAGUACCCCGGGAGCGCAUUCAGCGGCCGCAGCGUUGUCCCAAAAGCUUGCCUCGGACACAGCUGGUCAACCAGAGCGUCCGGAUGGACCGAAUGAGGUAAAAGCAGAGACGUCGCCUUCCUCCGGUGUCCUCGCCCACGCUGCUGCCUUUGACGGCCGGCUGGCACUCAUCGAAGCCGCCAUGGGCAUGUCCAGCUCCUCUAAUCCUUUCAUCGCCGACGGAAUCUCCGAACCAGCACUCCAGCCUGUGCUUCCCGCUCUGGAUGAUCUUACCUCCCGCCUCUCCACCCUCACCAACAUCCUUGUCGGUCCGGCCCCCGCCUCCGCCGUCCCGACGAUAGGUUCCGCUCCGCCCUCCACCACCGUCACGACUCCCAAUCUCGAGGCUCUGUCUACCCGAGUCCGAAAGCUGACCACGGACACGGAAGCCCUCGCCUCCGCGCGUAAGCGUGCCGUUGACGCAGCCAAGGCUGCCCAAACCGCCCGCAUUGCGUCCGCGGCCAUCGAACCCACCUCCGACAUGUCCGUGUCAGACUCGUCAGCGACAGAGGUAGACCCGGCCGCCACCCAGCGUGACGAACAGGCCACCAAAAUCCAGGCCCUUUACGCUACACUCCCAACCAUCCAAUCCCUCCACCCGCUUCUCCCCAGCGUCCUUGAACGGCUGCGUUCGCUGCGCUCCAUCCAUGCCGGGGCCGCGCAAGCCUCUGAAUCUCUUAACGAAAUAGAAAAGCGCCAGGCCGAAAUGAACAAGGAAAUCGAGCAAUGGCGUGAGGGACUGAAGGUCGUGGAGGAGAAGAUGGGCCAGGGUGAAACGGCCAUGAAGAGUAACAUCGAACUGGUGGAACCAUGGGUUCGGGAUCUGGAACAGAGGCUGUCUAAAUUGGAGACUACAGAGUAG